UGCAAAAGGACCAUUGGAGGGAGGGGGGACGGACGGAUGCGAUUGAAAGGGCUUUGUGUUCUUUUAGCACUUUCGGCGGCCGUCAGUGCGAAUUGCCACGAAAUGCGAGGACCGAUCGCCUGAGUUCGGACACUCGGACGCACGCCAUGCCCCUCCUCAAGAGCCGGCCGACCUUGUGAGACUGCCGUGAAUUCAAAGAAGACGGAUUUAUUCUCCAUUAACGAGGAAGCGCCUCCACUUCUUCGGACACUGUCCGGCGUCUCGGACAAGCAGAGCAGUGCGGAGACGAAGAAAGGUCGUGUCCGAAAGGAAACAGCCACAUGUGUAAAUGACCGACCGGUGUGGAUUAUGGAAGAUCCGUGGGACGCGCCUCUCAGCUGGGAGGAAUUUUUCGGCGGGUCGGGGACAUCGGACCUGGUGCCGACGCUGCUGAACAUCUACGACGCCGCCCUCGCCGGCGAAGAAUGCCGCCCCCCUGCCCUGCCCUUCUCGGCGCCACCCCGGCCGAGCGUGCCGCCGCCCCCGCCGCCCCCGACGCUGCGCUCGGCCCCCGGCAAGCCCCCGCGGCCCCUCUCGGCCGCCUCCACCUGCUCCAGUUCCUCGAGUUCGGGCGAAAAUUGCGCCCCCUCUGCCGCCUCCUACCUCGCCUCCACCGAGUCCCUCGAGGGCGCCACCUCCGACGACGAAGACGCAGAGAGUUCUCGAUGUCUUGCCGCCCGACGAAGAGAGCGACUUGGGCAGGCGUUGCGCGAAGGACAGGCCCUUCUCAACCGCCAGUCAGGCAGCUCAGCAGGUUCUGCGGACAGCGGCGUGGGCGGCUGCACUCUGAUCAUCUCGGCGCCGCAGCCCCCACCAGUGCGCCCCCGGUACUGCAGCGAACCCCACCUGAGCCCCGUCGAGCGCGUGCUGCUCGAAAUCACAGAGACCGAGGCUGUUUACGUUCGUGAUCUUGAACAAGUCGUCGAGGGUUAUCUGUACAACUGGCGAGAGAGUGCGGACUGUCCGAUCGCGCCGCAACAAUUGGCCGAUCUCUUCAGCAACAUGGAGGCGAUCCUCAGUUUCAAUAGAGGAUUCCUGAGGGAUUUGGACGCGUGUAGUUUAGAUGCUGUGAAAGUGGCGCAAUGCUUUGUGAGGCACAACUCGGGCUUCCGCAUUUACACAGAGUAUUGCACAAGCUACCCCAAGACGGUUAGUGUUUUGACGGAGAUAAUGCAGAACGAGGAGACGAUGAGUCUGUGCCGGGAAAGGCAGACCGCCCUGCACCACUCGCUGCCCCUCGGCUCGUACCUGCUCAAGCCCGUGCAGAGGGUGCUCAAGUACCACCUGCUGCUGCAGAGUCUGAUGAAGCAGCUGCCCUCGGAGGCGCUCGGCCGCUCGGCCAUCGAGGAGGCGCUCGAGGCCAUGACCGGCCUCGCCCAGCACAUCAACGAGAUGAAGCGCCGACACGAACACGCCGUCCGCGUCCAGGAAAUCCAGUCGCUCCUCCACGACUGGCAGGGCGCCGAUCUCACCACCUUCGGAGAACUCUGCGCCGAGGGCACCUUCCGGAUUUGCGGCGCCAAAGCGCUCCGACACGCCUUCCUCUUUGACAAAAUGCUGCUCAUUGCCAAACGCACCGGAGACCAUUUGACUUGCAAAACGCACAUCGAGUGUUCAAAUUUGAUGCUGAUCGAGAGCAUUCCCGGAGAGCCUCUCAGCUUCCACGUGAUUCCCUUCGACAAUCCAAGAAUGCAGUUCACCUUUCAAGCGAGAAGCUUGGAGCAAAAGAGAGAAUGGACGCAGCAGCUCAAGAGGGUUAUUUUGGAAAACUACAGCGCAGUGAUUCCCAGUCAUGCUCGCCAGCUUGUGAUGCAACUUGGCCAAGGCCGCACGGAAGAUGAGCUAUUGGCCGAAAGAAGUGUUCCUCGCCGGCAGCACUCGGCGCCGCAGUACCUGCAGAAGCGGCAUCAGGAGCGGCGGCGCUCCGAGACGGGUCUUCUUCCCUCCCGCCUGCGCCGAUCUCGCCGCUCGGACGCCGGUCUUUCCAACCCCGAGGGCGGCACCACCCCGCGCAGCAACCGCAGCUCGAGCGCCUCCCGGGAAAACGACACUUCCCCCACCACCACCACCACGGCCAUCGUCAGCAGCACCGAGAAGCUGAAGGACCGUUUCUACAACUGGCACCGCAAGUCGGAGCCGUACUGCAGUCUGACGCUGCCCUCGAAACUGUCGCAGCUCUUCUCCAGCCUGGAGCGGCGCAACUCGACCAAUUUGCACCACCAGGAGCAGCGACCGCGGCUCGAGGCGGCCCCCGAGCCUGUCUGCACCGAGGAGGAGAACGAGGAGGAGGAGGAGGAGGAGGAAGGCGCGGAGACCAACAACCGGCAGGCCAGUCUGGAGGAAAUCGUGGGCGAGAUUGUGAUGCAGAACGUGGGCCUGCAGCGCGCGGUCAAAAGGUCGCGCUCCCUGGGCAGGCCCAAGGAGGACAGCAGCUCCGACUGCGAGCACAGGUCGCCGCGGCAGAGACUCAGGGCGCAGCGCCUGGCCCGCAUGUGCGCCCUGCGGACGCAGCAGGAGAGUCUGCAGACCUGCCAGAGGAGUUUCCUGCAGCAGUGGCACCUCAAGAACAGCGCCAACCUGCAGCAGGACGAACCUAGUCCGGUCCCCUCCCUCCCCUCCUGCCCUCAGGGCUGCCCUCAGGGCGGCCCUCAGGGCGGCCCUCAGGGCGGCCCUCAGGGCGGAGGGGAGGGGCCGAAAAGGUCGCCGCCGGUGACGCCGACGCGGUCGCCGUCCUUCCUCGGCGUGCUCGCCUCCUUCGGCUCCAAGCUGAUGGUCAACAGCUCCGAGUCGCUGGCCGAGGUCGCGCAGCAGGCCACGGAGGCCACGCCCCCCGCCAUGUACAAGCAGGGCAGCAGCGGCCUGGGCGCGCGCAUCGCCAACGCGAGCGGCUCCGACUACGCCGACCCGGCCACCCUGAACCUGCAGACGCGCGACGACUUCUACGAGGACUCGUUGUCGGCCGUGCUGGACCAGGAGGAAUUCUACCGCGACAGCGCCAUCUUCAGCGACGACCACGACGAGCCGUCGACCCCCAAGCCGGCGCGCAAGGUGCCCCCGCCCGUCCCCGCCAAGCCCCACCGGCUCCAACAACCUAAGUCAGACGUCAAAGAGGAGGAGCAGCAGGAGCAGGUCAAGCCCAAGGGCUGGGUCAAGCAGAUGGUGGGCAGGAUUCAGGCCGGCGCCGACUCCUAGCCAGUCACUAAUUUAUUUCUAAGCUUCACACUUCCUUUCUUUACAUACCUACCAAAGUUGACAGAUUUUAACACGAUUAAACUAGUAGUUUUGUUGGGAUGACAAUAAAAGAAGUGCCCUGUAGAAAAUGAAAAGCCAAUUGUUGCCGAGACCGGAAGCUGUGCAAAAUUCACACCAUAUCUCUCUCUUGCAAUUUAAUAUUAGUAAAAUAAAAUAAGUGACUUUGAAACAAUAAAUCUGCCUUGCUCUCAUAUCUGAUAAAAAUUAUAUGUAUCGAGACCGAGGAUUCUAUUCCAGAAGAGAAUUUUCUUGUAAAAGUUUAAGACUGUCACAAACGCAUUUCUGGUUCCCUUUCCUUUAGCGUGCAAAAGAAUAAGUUUGCCAACAAAAGUGCUGAAAACUAAUUUGAGUGUAAAUACGUCAUAAAUGUGGAAAACAUUUUUCCAAUUUAUCGAGUUGAAUAAAGAUUUAAAGAUUGCUUCUUU